ACGAGAAAGUGAUAGUAACAGAGGAAAUCGCUGUUUUUCCAAGAGCGACUUUAGUUGAAAGGCUUCCGACCUAACCUACCGUUUCCCGCCACUCCUAGUCUUGCCCUCUUGAGUUUUUGACCCACAAACCCGCACAGAACAGAAGUUGUUCCAUACUCACCUUCGCUGCGUGUGUUUGUGUGUGUAAAUCUUGAAAAAUAACAACAACAAGAAGAAGGUGCUUAUUGAAUUUGAAGAAGAGAUGUUGUGGGUGGAUAAAUAUCGUCCCAAAACCCUAGACAAGGUUCUGGUCCACGAAGAUAUUGCCCAAAAUCUCAAGAAACUGGUGACUGAGCAGGAUUGUCCCCAUCUGCUAUUCUAUGGACCAUCCGGGUCGGGUAAGAAAACCCUAAUUAUGGCCCUUCUCAGACAAAUAUUUGGUCCUGGAGCUGACAAGGUUAAAGUGGAAAACAAAAACUGGAGAGUUGAUGCUGGUUCAAGAGCAAUUGAUGUAGAGCUUACUACAGUAUCAAGCACGCAUCAUGUUGAACUGAAUCCUAGUGAUGCAGGAUUUCAAGAUCGGUAUGUGGUUCAAGAGAUAAUUAAGGAAAUGGCGAAGAACCGACCAAUUGACACCAAGGGAAAGAAGGGUUUCAAAGUUCUCGUGUUGAAUGAGGUUGACAAACUCUCAAGGGAAGCGCAGCACUCUCUACGAAGAACAAUGGAGAAAUAUAGUGCAUCCUGUCGGCUAAUUCUCUGCUGUAAUAGCUCUUCUAAGGUCACUGAAGCCAUCCGCUCUCGUUGUCUGAACUUGCGCAUAAAUGCACCAACAGAAGGAGAGAUCACAACGGUGUUGGAAUUUAUUGGCAAGAAGGAAGCAUUGCAACUCCCACCUGGAUUUGCUGAUCGAAUAGCUCAUCAAUCUAAUCGAAGCCUAAGGAGGGCAAUACUAUUAUUUGAGACUUGUCGUGUCCAACAGUAUCCUUUUGCACCCAACCAGGCAAUACCACCUAUGGAUUGGGAGGAAUAUGUUUCGGAAAUAGCAUCAAGCAUAUUUAAGGAGCAGAGUCCUAAAAGGUUGUUUGAGGUCCGUGGAAAGCUAUACGAGUUACUUGUUAAUUGUAUCCCUCCAGAAAUCAUUUUAAAGAGAUUGCUUCAUGAAUUGCUGAAGAAAUUGGACUCUGAGCUAAAGCAUGAGAUCUCUCAUUGGGCAGCUUAUUAUGAACAUAGAUUGCGUCUUGGACAGAAAGCAAUAUUCCACCUUGAAGCAUUUGUAGCCAAGUUCAUGAGCAUCUACAAGGGUUUCCUCAUUGAGACAUUCGGCUGAGCUCGUGCAAAUCCUGCCGUGAGACAAGACGUUUGGCUGAACUUCCAUAAAUGCCUAUUAAGAGAGGAUUUCUGUUCAAUUGUUAUCAGUUGUGCAGUCAUUCACUUCGAUUUGCAUCCAACUCAUUACAGUAUGUGCAGUGUGAUGAUGUUUCAUGUUUCAUUAGAGAUAUCCAUCACUAUUUCUGAUUCUCA